AAAUUCUUUAACAUCACAAACAAAUAAACUUUUUUUUAGUUAUUUGUAUUAAUAAAAAUGUCUAUUACUAUAAUGCAUCGAAUAUCAAAAACCGAUUGUAUGAAAUACAAAAUUCCUUUUUGUGAUGCAGAAGAAAGUGUGAAAUCUUUAAAAGAACGCUUUCUGCAGUGGUUUGAGACUCCAAAGAAUCCUAUAGAACUUGUUUUUAAUUGUCAAAUAUUGAAUGAUUGUCAAACAUUGUCUGAAUGUGGUAUUGAGCCAAACGUUGUACUUUACACUUUUACUCGGCAUAAACCAAAGGAAAUUCCAACUCCUACUAUUUCAGAUGAAGAAAUUUUGAAAGUUUACCAAUUUCUUGCAUCCAUUCGAAAUUAUCCACACAAUAAAAUGGCAGCAUUGUUGAAGAUAAACCGUCCUGAAAAUUUAAAUAAGAUAUUACAAGAAGUGCCUGAGCUGAACAAUGAUCUAAGAGCAAUAGCCUUCUUAGAAGAUCCAUAUUUGUUAACACAAAUAAAAGUAGAGAGUACUUUCAGAAGAAUGGCACAAAACCACCCAUCACUUAUCAAAGCGCUAGUGUUUGUAAUGGAGAUGAUUAAAGGGAAUGAAAAGACCGCAAAAACACAAAAACCUGGCACCAGUGCUAGUAUGCCAUCAAUGAGUAGUCUAAUGGCUGAAAGUGAUUCAGACUCGUCAGGAUCUGAGAAUUUCAGUGUUGGUUUUCCAGCACAUAGAACAAAUUCUGAAAGUAAUAGUAGGAUUACUUCUAAUCAGUUAUCUGCUGCCCUUGCUUUUGCAAGUAAUACAUCCAAUUCUAAUACCCCAACAAAUUCUGUCCCAACAACAUCUUCGAGUAGUUCUAGUUUAAUUCGUUCACCUAGCUCGAUUAUAACUUCUUCUAUGUUUAGUAAUGCAUUGAGAAAUGCUAUGCGACAGGUUAGAGACACUAAUAGAGUGACACCAUCUAGUCAAACUGAAAAUAGAAAUGAAAAUAGCAAUCUUGCAAUCCAGUUGAAUAGAAUGAGAGAAUUGGGGCUUACAGAUGAUGCUAUUAAUUUGCAAGCACUUGUGAUUUGUAAUAAUGAUGUGCAAGCUGCAAUUAAUUUAGUUCUGAGUGGGGCAAUUGGAAAUACUGAUUAGCUUACUUUACCGCUU